ACAGAACGGUACCACUCUUCGAGUGUCAGUCAGCGCGCAAUAUUCAUUUUUAGUAGGGAAUUGAUUCUUGAACUGGAGCGCGACGAUCACAAGAGACACCUGUUGCGCCAUAAACUAAGCCUGUUACCGCGAAACACGAAUGCAAUAACGAUGCAUUAUUCGAACGUGCUUGCGCGCCAAGUGACGACGUAAUUUGUUGGCGAUUUAAUAGACAUACAAAAGUUUUUCGAAAAAAAGUUAUAAAUUCGUUUAUUUCGUUAAUUUUUUUUUUUAAAUAAUUCAAAGUGCAUUUUAAAUAGUGAUUACGAAAUUAAAUCAGUUAAAGGGAAUUUAUUUGAUUGCAACACACAUUUUGUACAUAUACACGGAGAGAAGUUGAAGUAUGCACAAAUUAAAGAUCAAGAAAAGAAAAAUCUUAUAUGACACAGCAUAGUUUAAAUUUAUAUUUGAUUCAAGUAUAUCCGAAAAAAUAAGAUAUCAAGGAAAAAGAAGAAUUAAAAUAAUAGCUAAAAGACAGAUAAAAAAGAAACGAAGAUGAUGAAAAUAGUGGGAUUGGAGGACAACCAACGAUUUGCAUUGAUGAAAUUUAGGAAGGCAGUUCAAGAUGUAACACAACCGCAUCAUGACGAUAACUUUCUACUACGUUGGCUUCGAGCAAGAAAAUGGGAUCCAGUUGCUGCGGAGAAGAUGCUGCGUGAUUCUAUAGAGUGGCGAAAACAAUGGGAAGUUGACAAAUUAACUAAAUGGGAUCCUCCUAAAAUUUUGAAAGAUUAUCUACCUCAUGGUUUAUGUGGUUUUGACAAAGAUGGGGCACCAGUUAUUGUUAUAUAUUUCGAUGCGCUUGAUCUUUAUGGUAUUUUGCACGUGGUCUCACGUAUGGAUAUGAUAAAAAUGACGAUAAAAUGUCUUGAAGAAUAUUUAAUGUUGUGUAGAGAGCAAAUGUUAAAACAUGGUCCUUUGGCUGGUCAAGUAGUUGUAAUAUUUGAUAUGCAGGGAUUCAAUUUGAGACAGUAUCUUUGGAGACCAGCUGGAGAAGUUGUAAUUACCUUAAUCCAAAUGUAUGAGGCUAAUUACCCGGAGAUUUUGAAGACUUGUUAUAUCAUUAAUGCUCCGAAAGUAUUUGCUUUUGCGUUUUCGGUAGCGAAAAAGUUCAUGAAUGAAUAUACUCUGUCGAAGAUUCAAAUAUUUAAAGCAGAUCCUUCUAAAUGGCAAGCAGCGAUAUUUAGUAACAUUUCAAAAGAUCAAGUACCUGCUUUCUUUGGAGGUACUCUUAAGGAUCCUGAUAGCAAUCCAAAACUUGGAACAAAGAUUUGUCUCGGUGGCAAGGUUCCUCAAGAAAUGUAUGUGACUAAUGAUAGUAAAGAAAAUUUUACAACAGUCACAAUUAAGAAAGGUGGAAAAUUGGAACUUAAUAUGACAGCACUCGAGACAGGAUCUUUAUUAAGUUGGGAAUUUCGAACCGAGAAUCAUGAUAUUAAAUUUGGUAUUGUAAAGAAAGAUGAUAAUGGAAUGCAAAAGGAAGUGAUACCUAUGCGACGAGUAGCUGCUCAUCAAUUAGAUGAAAUUGGAAUUUUGACUUGUGAAGUACCUUCUACAUAUUCUAUUGUUUUUGAUAACACUUAUAGUAUUAUGAGAAAUAAAAAAAUUCAUUAUUCCGUGAAAGUUAUACCACCAACACAAUCGCAAGAAAUAAUAUCAGCAACUUUAUAAAUAAAAAAUAAUAAUAAAUACAUAUUAAAAAAUAUUUUUUGAUAAAUACAUUCCAUAGAAUAUUAUUGAUAUUUGAAAAAAAUUAUAUUUUUGUUACUUUUAUUUUU